GAAACUGCGCGCGUGCUCGUGUUAUAUGAUAAUACGGAUAAUACGUGUUCGAACGUGCUGUAGUGACGUGUUGUUGUGUAGAGAUGCGGAAGCUUCGCGAACUUCGCGAAGGAGGUGGAGAAUUUAAGAAUUGCUGAUGCUGACCUUCUUUAAGAUUAAUGAUUUUGAGGCUGAAAAACUAUUUUUUUUUCAUUUAUCAGUACUCAAUAUUUGAGAUGUUCAGAUUGUGUUGUUUUAGUUCUGACCUGCAGCGUUCAGAGUGACAGAAGAUGAACAGUUUACAACGAGGAAGGGGACGUGGUAGUAAUCCAUGGAACCAGGGUGGAGGAAGAGAUGGUCAUAAUCAGAAUCGUGCUGUCAAAAAGAAGCCUAGUGCAGAAUUUCUGGCGCAAACCAAAUUCCAGGAAGCACAAGCCCGAUUACAGGCAUCUGUUCAGAAACACAUCAAACAGGAGUAUGAUUCUUCAUCUGAAGAGGAAGAACUAGAAAGUGACAGCAUUCUUGGAUCUGUACUGCAGCUGUAUUCACAAGUUGGAGGGAGGAGUGAAGAUUUAGGAAGAACCCAACGUUUUUUGGAAGACGUGUUUCAGUCUGGUGCUGCUUCUUGCCUUAUUUGUAUAGGAUCUGUUAAAAGGAAUGAUGCGAUAUGGAGUUGUGUUGAAUGUUACUGCUUUUUCCACCUUGCCUGCAUCCAGCGUUGGGCGAAGGAUAGUGUGGCACAUCAGAAACAAGCUCUUGAGGAUCAGCCGCAAGGAAUUGUAGUUACCAGGUUUAAAUGGGCUUGUCCUAAGUGUCGCCAUGAUUAUGAGCAGACUGACACUCCCCAAAGGUAUUGCUGUUUUUGUGGUCGUACAGAAGAUCCACCAUUUCACCCAUGGUUGACACCACAUUCUUGUGGGGAAAGAUGUGAAAAGGCACUCCAACCUAUCUGUGGGCAUAACUGCUUACUUCUGUGUCACCCAGGACCAUGUGCACCAUGUCCAAAAAUGGUUAAGACUACAUGCUUCUGUGGUAACCAGCCUCCAAGAUUACAGCGCUGUAGCAACAAGUCUUGGUCAUGUGGUUCACAUUGUGGGCGCUUGUUGGGAUGUGGCCGACAUGAAUGUGUUGAAGUAUGUCAUCCUGCGGAAUGCCCACCCUGUCCCAAGACAAGUGUCCAGAGUUGUGAGUGUGGUCAACAGAAAGCUCUGCGACCUUGUGCUGAUCCAAAAUGGCAGUGUGAACAGAAAUGUGGAGAAGUCCUCAGCUGUGGUAAUCACAAGUGUGAAAAAGUUUGUCAUUUUGGUUCGUGUGGUCCAUGCCCACUGACAGAGGCCCGUUCUUGUCCAUGUGGGAAGACUUCUUAUAUACUACCUUGUACACAAGAGAUUCCCACCUGUGGGGACACUUGUGGUCGCACACUUGAGUGUGGGGCUCAUGUCUGUUCACGAAGUUGUCACCGUGACAAAUGUGGCACUUGUUUAGAGAUGGUGACUAAGAAAUGUCGAUGUGGUCUUCAUAGCAAAGAGCUGCCCUGUCAGAAGGAAUUCCUAUGUGAAACCAAGUGUAAACGUACCAAAGGCUGUAUGCGUCAUCCCUGCAAUCGCAAGUGCAGUGAUGGAAAUUGUCUCCCAUGUGAAAAGCCAUGUGGCAGAACUUUGCGUUGUGGAAAUCACAAGUGCGCAUCCAUGUGCCAUCGUGGGCCCUGUUACCCAUGCCCAUUGACAGCAGAAGUAAAAUGCCAUUGUGGAUUGACGGUACUCACUGUCCCGUGUGGACGCAAGAAGCAGACUCGACCACCACGUUGCAAUAAGCCAUGCAGAAUAUUGCCUGACUGUCACCAUCCAAGUCGGGAGACUCAUCGCUGUCACUUUGGUGAUUGCCCACCUUGCCAGCAAGUGUGUGGGAAGUUACUAGAGCCAUGUAAGCACAAGUGUCCAGCCCCAUGUCACUCUGCUGUAUGGGUUAAACUGGAGGAGAACCGAAAGCCUGUGGGUCCAUGGGACAAGGUGCAGUCACAGGUGGAGUUAAAAGCACUGCCUUGUCCUAGCUGCAAGGUACCAGUGGCAGUAACCUGCCUUGGAGGUCAUGAGACAUGUGAUUGGCCCUGCUAUAUUGCAAAUCCGACAUCAUGUCAGCGCAGAUGUGGGCGAAUGUUGGCUUGUGGAAAUCACACCUGUAACCUGUUGUGUCACAGAGUUGAGCAGGCUCCUAAUGAAGUGGCUGUUGGUGAUAACUGUGAACAAUGUGAGUUAGGCUGCAGCAAACCACGCCCAGAAGGCUGUGUACACGCCUGCCUGAAGCGCUGUCAUCCAGGUGACUGUCUGCCAUGUAGCCAAAUGUUGCGGGUGCAGUGUCACUGUGGCCUCAACCAAUUGUAUGUAUGUUGCAGUGAAUGGACAUCUUCCAGUGCGGACAAGAAACAGAGCCUGAAAAGUUGUGGCAAUCAGUGCCCCAAAAAUUAUGAGUGUGGGCAUCGUUGUCGUGCACCCUGUCAUCCUGGUGAGUGCCCUGAUCCAGAGAUGUGUCGUAAGAAGGUGAAACAAACAUGCCCCUGCCGUCGACUGAAAAAGGAAUUUCCUUGUGAUGUAGUAAGAAUAGGCCAAGUCAAAGUUGAAUGUGAUGAUGUGUGCAAGCAGAAGAAAGAUGAGGAGAUGAAGAUAACGGAGGCAGAGAAGUUAAGAAAGCAGUUGGAGGAAGAGCGUCGGAAUCAAGAGGAAGUAGAAAAAUUCCAGAAAAAGUUCCAGGCACGCAAGAAAUACCGUGAACGCCGGCACCAUGAAGAACAGAACUCUAGUUCCUUUCUUGCUCACUAUUGGUAUUUUUUGGUUGGUUUGUUAGGAGUAAUGUUGGCAUUUUAUUACAUGAUCCUGUUAUAGUACUUCUGUGUAUGAAAAUAAAUGUUGGAUUGAGUGGCUGUAUUUUACACAGCCACUUUCAGUGAAAGAUAAUGUAUUAAAAAGAAUUAUAAAUAAAUCAUAUACUUUUAUAAUGGGAUGUAUGGAUAUAGAAAUUAAAUAUUUCAUUUGACAUUAUAUUAAACAGGCAUCACUAAAAAUAAGAGACAAAUAUUUAUUAUUCAUUAUUCUCGUAAAUGAUCUAUGUUAAUAACCAUUGUCAUCAUCACUGAAAUAUAUAUAUGCAUAUUUACAGUAACACUAGCUGCUCAGAUGACUGUACAUUCAAUUAUUUGUUGUAACAAAGUUCUCGCAAGCUGAUCGGUUAUGUAUUUACAGGAACGUACACAUCAAAUGUGCAUACUGCUCAAUCAACUAGCCACGAGAAUGGCAGUUUUUCACAUGUGAAAUAAUAUUACUACAUAAUAUGUACAAAUGUGGCUUGUUUCUCGCACUUUGUAGAAAGAAUGCAGAGAAACUUUAAAGUUUAAAAUAUGACUGACUGUACAUUGCACACAAUUGACACAUUCUUACACUCACAUGUAUACACAUCCACAGAAUAAAAUAACUAUGUAUGUAUUAGUCUGUAUUGAUUUCCUUGCAUUUUCAUGUACAGGUAGACUGCAAAAGUGUGACUGUUUAAGAGUUGUAUUCUGUAUAUACAGUAUGUUAAUCUGCUUCACAAAUAGAGAGCAAUGAUAUGAAAUUCCAGGAGUGAUACUGAAUUUAAUCUUUGAUGGAAUCAGAGCUCUUUUCUUUGGGUGGUAUACAAAGGUACAGUGUUGUGGCAUCCAUUCCCCACAAAAAAUCUUCGUAAGAUGGGAUAAUAAAGUUUAAUUUUGCCUGGGGGAGGGAGAGCCUUCCCCUUGAUAAAAUUCAAGUAUUGGCACUUUUAUUUCUAGUGACUUCUUUGAUAUUGACGUAUUUAAUAAUUUGAUUUCUGCUUGGUCUGCGAUCAAAUUUUGUUACAUUUAAACAAUUGCUUUGACUAAUUGCCCUACAAAAGGUAUUUUAGUAUCAACUGAAACAAGAAUUCAGAAAAUUUGUUUCUUAAGUUGGCAAGUGAUUCAGUUUAAGAAGACACUAUACAGGGCAGUUUUAAUGACACACAGAGAACCUGGUAAGUGGAUUUGCCAUGGGAGCUUUAAAUCAUUGUCCUCUGGUGGUCUGUGAACAGUCUUGUCCAUAUCCCACUCUUAUGAACUGUAUGUGAUGUUCUGAAACACCAAGGAAGUGAUGCUUGUACAUUGGUUGAAUUAUACCCUGCAAAAACUUUGGGAUAGGAUUCUUUGUCACUUGGAUGUUGUAAGAAUUUCUCUCUGAACUCAUACUGACUGUCUUUGAAGUUGAAAAAUUUGGGUACUGCUUCUGUUUGUACAAAUAAACUCAGCUUGUUCAAAACAGAAUUUAAGAAGUGAAUGCUUCGUUUUUUAAAACCAUAAAUACCCUCAUUUUCUUUGCCUCAGUGCACAUUUUGUUUAGAGUAACAUUUUUUAGUACUUUUACAAUCAAAUUUCCUGUACUUAAAGCACACACACUUUUGUCACCAUUAAGUAACUUUAAGUCGUUACAAUUGUAUUAAGAAUAUUUGUCACAAAACUGAUGACAUUUUAAUGUCAAAUCACAAACACAAAGCUCAACUGGGGAAACUUUUUGUCCUGCAAUUUCCAUUCAUUUUAUAGAAACUAAGUAGUGCUUGGGCCCAUCUAAUGACUUUGAAAAACAUGAGUUUUCUAUAUAAAAUGGAACCACAUAUGUGAAGCCAAAUUUCCUAUAUAUAUAUAUAUAUAUAUUUCAUUGUAUUGGGUCUACAUGUCUUCUGUAAGGUAGAAAAAAUUAAUAUAAUAAUUUAGAUGAAAGUUUGCUUUAAUAUAUUACUUGGGGGGGGGGGUUAUCGCUCCCAUGUUUGCUAUAUGCAACAUCCUUGUUUGUUGACAGAUAUUCACCUAUAGUCAGUCUCGUACACUCUAAAGAUUAACAGUACUUUUCCUGUAUUGGGGGCAUGCAGUAGCAUAGUUGGUUGAGGCACUACACUAUGGGCUGGAAGGUUACAGGUUCAAGUCCUG